AUGAAAAUAGCUUUUGGAUUUGUAGUUGUCGCGGCUGGGUUUGCGGGAAUACUAAGUUUCAGUUUUCUCGCUCUUGCAAUUGGGAGUGAAUACUGGUACGUUAUAGAGGACAACAGACCAAAUCACACGGACAUUGAAGACUCCAACUCUCACGGUGGACUGUGGGGAGUUAGCGACGGUAAGUCCUUUUCUACUGAGGAUCCCUUCAGGUACUCAGAAUCAGUAAGGCAUAUGGACAACAUGCACAGUGUUAUUGCGGUGCUUCUGCCCCUCAGUCUGGUGCUCCUGGUGUUCGGGGGGAUCUGUGGUCUCGUCAGCUCAUUGGCCAGAAGCCGUGUUCUACUCACAGGCUCAGCCUCCUACUUUCUGCUCUGCAGCUUACUCACGCUGUCUGGAGUCAGUCUGUACAUCAGUUACUCUCAGCAGUUGCUGGUGGAGACAGAGAAGCGAGUGGGGGCAGAGCAAAUGGCUCACGUGAACACGUCCUUCGGCUGGUCUCUGGGCAUGGCCUGGCUCUCCUUCAUCCUGGAGGUCCUCACUGGCCUGCUGCUGCUGCUGGCAUCCAGACUGGCACAGAUCACCCAGUACCAGGAGUCUGUGGCACCCAUAUAA